UCAUUCCUUUCGCAACCCUUUCUCCUUUUACAUUUCACCGGGAUCUUGAUAGCGAGAUGUCAAUGUCUGAAAUGAUGUGUUCAUUUUAAAACAAUAAGAACUUGGGAUCAGUAAAUUUUCUCCUCACGAUUUAAAAAUUAAAAUAGUAAAAAUGGGCUCUAAAGUUUCUAGAAAUGAUUUUGAAUGGGUUUACACAGAUGAACCACACGCAACUCGCAGAAAAGAAAUUUUAAAAAAAUAUCCAGAAAUUAAGUCUUUAAUGGGUUAUGAUCCUAACUUCAAAUAUGUGGUAACUGGCAUGGUGUUAGUUCAGUGCAUAUCUUUUUGGCUGCUGAAAGAUGCCUCUUUCCUUACAUUGUUUAUUGCAGCAUAUUGUUUUGGUGGAGUUAUUAAUCAUUCACUUGGAUUGGCUGUUCAUGAGAUCUCUCACAACUUAGCAUUUGGUCAUUCAAAGCCAAUGCACAACCGCAUUUUUGGAAUGUUUGCUAAUUUACCCAUUGGCAUUCCAAUGUCCAUUUCAUUCAAGAAGUAUCAUUUAGAGCAUCAUAGAUAUCAGGGUGAUGAAAGAUUGGAUACUGAUCUCCCUACAUACUUGGAAGCCAAGUUGUUCUGUACAACUUUCACUAAAUUUUUAUGGGUUCUUUUACAACCUUUCUUCUAUACUUUGAGAGCUUUCUUUGUUUAUCCCAAACCACCUACAUCUUUAGAAAUCAUUAAUGUUAUUGUACAGAUUGUUUUUGAUGGCAUUGUCUGGUAUUUCUGUGGUGCCCAUAUGAUAGGCUACAUGAUUGGUGGAACUCUUUUGGCCAUGGGUUUCCAUCCUGUUGCUGGUCACUUUAUUUCAGAACAUUAUAUGUUCAAAAAAGGUUUUGAAACAUAUUCUUAUUAUGGCCCUUUAAAUUUUAUUACUUUUAAUGUUGGUUACCACAUGGAGCAUCAUGAUUUUCCUAGUGUGCCUGGUUCUCGUCUCCCUCAAGUAAAAAGUAUUGCAAAGGAAUAUUAUGAAGAUUUGCCUCAGCACAACUCAUGGAUAAAAGUUAUUUGGGAUUUCAUUACUGAUCCUGCUAUUGGGCCUUAUGCUCGAGUCAAAAGGCAGCAUAAACCAAGGGAUUAAAACUUUAUUUUUAAAGACGCUUUAAAAAUGUGUAAAUUAUAUAUUAGCUAUGUAUUCUUAAGGCUCAAACAGUUUUAAUACUGCAUUAUAUAUUGACAUGCAUUUAUCAUCUGUUUUGCUUGAUUUAAAAAAAAUGUUAAUAAUAUGCUGGCAUACUUGAUUUGUACAAAAUAAAUGUUGUGUAUAUUUAGUCCACUUAAAAAAAAUUUUCUUUUGAAAAAAUAUUGUUUGGUUAGAAAAUUGAUUUGGUUUCAAUUUAAUCUUAUUUGAUCUGUUAUUGUAGAUUAGCAUGAGUUUUUCUGUGAUAUGAAGGAAGCUUAUAAAUGUCCAGUCAUUUUUACUAGGAUUUUUAAAAAGUUGUAGACUUAUAGCUCAAAAAAUGCAGAACCAUAGCAACAUUAUUUUAAUUUUUAACUGAUUUUAUAACUUAUGAGAAUUUCCCAAUAAUUGGUUUUAAGAUUGAAAAAAGGCCAAUAAAAUAGAAUAUAUAAUUUUCAGUUUCUGAAAUAAAUGAGAAGUAUUUUUUUAAAAUAAAGUGCUUAAAGUAUUUUAAAUUAAAUCUGGUAUUUAUUUCCCCCAGUUUUUUUUUAACACUAAAAAAAUUUUAAAAUUUUUCUGGCUUUUUUUUUUCUGUUUUUCCCAUAAGAAUGGCAUGAUUUUAUGUAGAAUAGCUUUCAAUUUAUUGAUGUUCUUGCUUUCUUUUCUCACCAAAGCUUUGCUAUAAAUGUUUUAUUUACUGUUUUAGAUGUUCAACUUCAUAACAUUCAAAUUAUUCUUAUUACAUUAAUUUAUAUACUUUAUAAAGUAUUGCAUACUUAUAUUAUUUGCUUUUUUUAAUUAUUUUUCUACUGUCUUAUACUGCUUAAAUAUAUAGCCAACAUCAAAGCUUUAAAAUUAAAAAUUGUAACUAUGCUGAAAAUUCAAAUAUGUCAAAAAUCCAUUCUUUAAAUUCUAGAAUUUUUAUUAUUGUACCAAUUUAUUUAAAAAUUCUUCUUUGAAUUUAUCAUAAAAUUUAUCUUUUGUCAUUAUCUUAUAUAAAUGGUGACUGUCUAAAACAAAUACAACUGUUUUUCUUACUUUAGAAUUAUUUCAAUGUUUAUUGUUUGAUAUUAAUGGAUUUAAAGAUGGCUUGUUUUAAACCAUAUUGGUGUGGCUUCCUUAAUUUACUUUAACACUAGGCAAUUGAACUAUUUUUUAAUUCUUUUUUUAUGCUCAUUUCUAAACUGCAUUAAUACAUACUUAUUAAGUUAGUUUCUUGAAAUUAUCUAACUAAAAGAUUAUACUUAUACUUGUCUGAUUUAUACUUAGUUUAUUUUUGUGGUGAAAAAUAUAAAGGGAAGCUUUAUAUGGAUCAAAUGUGUAUGGCUUUAUGGCUAUGUGUUAGAAGCUGAAAGCUUUUUUUUUUUCCCUCUCUUUAUUUCAAAGUUGUUUAUACUAUUUGUUUUGUUUCUAUAGUAUAACUAAAGAAGAAAAAUUAGAUAAAAUUUAUAAUUAUUUGGUAUUUAGGUUAUGCUUUAUUCAAGAUACAUAGUAAAUAAAGUUAUUAAUAGAUAAUAAUUAUUUUAUUUUGAUACAACACUUAUUUAAGUUUUGUUAAACUUCUUUAAUUAUUAAUUGAAUAACUUUAACACUAGUACUGUUAUUGUUUAUUAUGUAAAAUGCCUUUCUUGUUGAACAAUUUUCAGUCAAGUUUCUAGUCCAGUUCUUGUUUUUAUAAUUGCUAGAUGAUGUUUUUAAAAAAGGAAUUUUGUAAUAAUGCCUCAAAUGCAAUAAUGCCUUUGUUUUAGUGAAUUAGGUGCAUAACUCCUACAGAAAAUUUGAAAAUACUAUUGUGGGAUUUUAUUUAUUCCUUUGAUAUUCUAAAACAAUUUGAUUUCAAAUUAACACACACACACAUAAUUUUUUGAUCAUAAAUAUUUCAUUAAACAUUGCUUUUUCUUUCAUAAAUAAUUUAUUUGAAUAAUAGUGCCAUACAAGAUUUAUAAUAAAUGUGCUCAGUUAUAUAUUUCAGUUUAAUUGCUUGGAUAAUUAAACAUCUAAUAUUAAAUGAGAAAAGAAGAUAAAAAUUGUUACUUUAAGGAAAAUGAACAACUUAAAGUACAGACAAUUUUUGACUAAUUGCCAGAGGCUAUAAAUAUUUUUGAUAAUUUCCUUGUAAUGUAAUUAUACAAUCUAAUUGAAAAAUAUUGCUGGCAACCACGUUUCUUUUUAUGAGUUAUAUUAGACCAAGGUAUUCUAAUGUUCAGAAUAUAAUUCUUGCAAAUGUUAAACAUUUGGGUUCAGAAAACUAUACAUUAAUAAGUGUUUGAAAAUGGAUAAAUGUUAAACCUGCUGAAGUCUAUCCUUAAAAGUAUCUAUAAACAUUUAUUAUUAUUAUAUAUAUAUAUAAAAAUUUAAAAAACAUAUAUUACUGUUAAUAGUUUUUUACCUACUGUGAAAUAUGUAUGAUUCAGUUAAUAGUUUUUGCAAUUGUGUUAGGGCAUUAUUUUAUUUUCUAACUGUCCAAGCUUUAUUGGAUUUAUCAUGUAACUAAAUUUGAAUUAAAAAAAAUCUGCAGUCACUUUUCUUUGGCUCAAAUUAUAGUAUUUACAUUCUGUUUUGACAGGGCUUAUUAUUAGAAUAAGACUUAAAGUAUUCCUAUGUUAUAUACUAUUUAUAUGCUUAUAUACUAUUGUUCUGUUUUUUUUUUAUAUAGUUUAAAAUUUUUGAAUCUAUAUAUUUUACUAGUAAUAAUUUAUCCACCAAACAAAAAUAGCAAGUUUAAUAAAAUUCUCAUGAUUUUUAUAUAUUUUCUUAAAUGUUUUAAUGGACUUAUGAAUAUGACUAAUUUUGAUAUUAAAUGAAAAAAUCUCUUUAAUAUGUGUUAUUUUAAUCAAUUUUUGUGUGAGAUUUUGCUUUUAAGUUAAAUCUGAUUUGUGCUUUUCAAAGUUAUUGUAUUCAGGAGAGGGGGGGGGGCUAUUUAUCAAGAAUGCUGCAUGUGUUCUUUUUAAUAAAUCUUUCAUUUUUAUGUUUUUAAGACAAACAUUGUGCUUUCUUUGAAAAUUUUCUUAUGUGUUCUAAAACAAUGUAAUAUUCAUAUUUUUAAUGGUUUUUAGUUUUUUCUCUUAUUUUCUGUUUUAACAUAAUAAAAACAUUUUUUUUUCCUCUACAAAUCUGAAAGUUAAACUAAUAAAAAAGAUGUUUUUAAAUAUUUUAUUUGUAUAGACAUUUUAAAAAAUAUAUGUAUAUUUAGUUGUUUGUUUUCAUUAUAGGAGAUCAGUUGAACUUUUGGAUAUAUCAUUUAUUUUAAAUUGUUUUGGAAUGCUCAACAUUUUAUAAUGAAACAGAAAAAUUUUACUAUACAGAGCUUUGAAAUCAUAAGUAUUACACUUUGAAAGUAAAGCAUUUUUAAUGAUAAAAUAUGAAAAUUGACUAUUUAUUUAUAAAUAGUGUCAAGUACAAAUACGAAAUUCAAACAUCAAAAUUAAUGAAAUAAGUUAUUAAGAUAGAAAAAAGAAUGUCUCAUUUUUAUAAUCCAAUCAAAUAUUUUUAUUAUUAAAAAUAAUCAUUUGAAAAAUUUUUAGAUGAAAAUUUAUGAAGUCAGUAUUAUGAAAAUACUUUGAAAUUUUGCAAUAUAGUAUUGGCAUAUUGUUUUAUUAGUUUUCAUCUGUAGUUUUAGAAUUAAUUCUUUCCACCUUUUUUGUUUUUAUAGCUAAGUAAAUGACAAGUUCUGAGAUUUAACUUUAAAAGAUUAGUGUUAGGAAUAACUUGAUUGCUUCAUUCAUUGUUAAAUUUUAGUGCAGUAUGAUAUCCAUCUUAAUAUUAUAUUUCUUUUUAAAACUGAUUAUAUUAAAAUAUUGGUCAUAUGAAAUUGUUUUUAAACAUAUCGGAUGGGAAGUAAAGUUACUCAUUUUUAAAUCGGAAUUUGUCAUUGUCAAAUAUUCACAAUUGCUUAGCAAGCAUUCUUUUGUUCAAAUGUUCUUGAAUGUGAGUAUGCAGAUCUCCUGUGUAUGAUUCAUGUAUCUUCUAAGAAUGAAACGCUUCUAAAUAAAUGAUUAUUAUAUAUUG